AUGGGAGUUGUUGACGUGCUUAUGGACCGAAACGCCGACGUUUCAAGCGGUAGGGUUCACGUUGCUCCUAAGAUAGCUCCAGCUGGGUCUGAGACUGAGGAAGAGGUCGAAGUCAAGGAAUGCACCAAGGAUGAUUCUCUUUCUGGAGCUCAAAACUCUCCUAAAACCCCUAAAGUUUCAAAGCGUGAGGUUCCUCUGAGGAAGCAUGUAGAUGAAGAUGAUAAUUGCUCCAUUGCUUCUUCCGUGGCAACUUCCUUGAGAAGGGCUAAGUCCGGAGUGACUCAUGGAAGUGCUCCAACGUUUAGGAGUGCUCAACGUGCUGAGCAGCGCAAAGAGUAUUACCAAAAGCUUGAGGAGAGAAACCAAGCGCUUGAAGCCGAAAGGAACGAGAUUGAACAAAAGCAAAAGGAAGAACAAGAAGCAGCGUUGAAAAAACUUAGAAAGAAUCUCAAGUUCAAGGCUAAACCAGUCCCUAACUUCUACUACGAGUCGCCUCCUGCAAGACCUGAGCUCAAGAAGGUUCCUUUGACUCGUCCCAAGUCGCCAAAACUCAUCCUUUCUCGGAGAAAAAGCUGCAGCGACGCAGUCAGCUCAUCGUCCCGUGAAGAGGUUCCGAAGACAGUCUCUAACAGGAACAGACACAGCACCGGAACAGUUCAGAACAAGAACACCAAUGAUGUGCAAGACAGCCCUCGUUCAAGAUCAGGCAAGGGUAAAACUGGGCUUAAACCAGUCAACGAGUCCUUGGAAGAAGCUUGUGAGGUUUGA